CUUUGCAGGAGUGUGCAGCCCCAGUAGAUCGCUGUGGAAGGAGGUCCGAGGUAACGCCAAGGAUUUUUGCGUUCAGUAACAAUGUAACAAACAUUUUUGGAAACUUGGGAAACCUGUCUACCAAAUACCAGCUGGACUGUUUAAAUUCACUGAAGUGCUUCUUAACUUUCUGUUUUGGACAAGGUGAAUCAAGUAAAUCAUCAUGGUUUUCAGUGAGCGCCUUUCCUUGGAGCGCAGAAUACGCACGGCGGUUUUGGCACUACUGCUUUGCGCACAGGCCGGUUUUGGCUUCUCAGUCGCCGGGCAGCAUGAAAGCACCUGCGAGGCUAACGGCAGCACAUACUUCGUGGGGGAAUGGUAUUUUCUGGACUCUGAUCACUGCACCCAGUGUGAAUGCACCGCCGAGGGCUCCGCAUGUUCCCGCACUGAGUGCACCUCUCUCCCGGCUGCAUGCAUCCAUGUCAGCCACUACCCCACCGACUGCUGUCCCAGGUGCGAGAAGAUCGGGUGUGAGUAUCGCGGCGUGGUGUAUGAAUUGGGGCAGAACUUCCAGCCAUCAGAAUGUGAGCAGUGCACUUGUGACAGUGAUGGCAUCGCCCGCUGUCUAGUUGCAGAUUGUGCCCCUCCACCAUGUGUCAACCCUGUCUACCAGCCUGGGAAAUGCUGCCCUGAAUGCAAGGAGGGUCCUAACUGCUACGUUGAUGCGUCACGCAGCCAGGUGAUUCCUGCAGGAGCGCCCAUCUGGGUCGAUUCAUGCACCAAGUGUCGCUGUCACGAUGGCCAGGAUGCCGGCUACUGGGAGGGAAACCGUCUCGCCACCUGUUCCCGCCUCAAAAACUGUACGCCUGAACAACCGUCCACCCAGAAAAACUGAUUCACUCUAUCAGCAGAGAACCAGCUGUUAAAAUAUACAAUCCCUGAUGACAUAUCAUCUAUACACCUUCCAUCUCUAAGAACAUGCUGAAUCCUCCUGGGCAGCUGAAAAUGUCAGUGGUACAGCCAGACAUAAAGGAUAAUCUGCAACUUCAAAAAUUCAAGUUUUCGGGAACAAAACUGAACAAGAACCAAAAUGCCAGGACAUCAGAACAGAUCAGCUGCCAUUCAACAAGGACCUCUUAUCCAAAAUUUCUGCAAUACUGAUGAAACCCACUGAAUUUGUCACUUUAGUGGACAAGGCUGGCCCAUUAUCAGGCCUUAGCUGCAUAUUACAAACAUGUCAAAAUUCAAGGCUGAUUUACAGACCGGUCAGAGCUCCAGCUUCACUGCAUGUCAGUGGGUUUUGUCAGUUUGAUUAACUGCAAAUUUGUUAAGAAAUUUGUAAAACUAAAGUACAAUACCAACAAAGGCAGGUCCUGCAUUAUUAUCCAACUUUGUGGUCCUGUCAUAUAGACAGGCUCUGAGUCAAUAUCUAGAUGUAAGACCUUUAUUAUUUUAGUUUAUAUUGUGCUUCCAUGGUGCAUAUUCCUAAAUAAAGUUGUGUUUGAUCAAAUUACCACAAACUAACUAAGGCACAGAAACCUUAUGGUCAAAACAAUGAAAAUAUUAAGGAAAACAGGAUUAAAACUCUCUAUUUAAUAAUAUGGACUGCAUCGAUGUAAAAAUAAGAUGUUUGAUUUACAGGGUCUCAAACACCCUCAACCCUUGUGCCCAACAUCUGUACUUCUACAGAAAAAUCCAUAAUUAAACAAAUCUGACACAAACUAGAAAAAACUAACUUGACCCUUGAAAGGUGACCGCACUCCAGACAUUUACCCUUUUAUAUUUUAUCUGCCUGUCCACAGUUUCUUCAAAAAGUUAGACAAGAAAAUUAUGUUUUAACAGAGAGAGACUAGUAAGCUUUUAUAGAAGCUACCCAGGAUUUUCUUUCAUUUCCAGACACCUGCUUUGGGAAACAACUAGCAACAUAACAAAGCCAAUGAGAAUUUUGGAUGAUGAGAAAUUGUAAUUGACCUGUCACGGGUUGAUGCAGCUCCCUAAUGUAUGCACAGCUGUGAUGCAAUUUAGACUAGGAAAUGGCUUAGCAAAGCAAUUAACAAUAUGUAACUGUUCUAUAAAUUCUACAGUUCAAUUUCCAUGCUAAUUGAAAAAUAAUGUACAAGACUGUGGCCUAAAAUAUGACUCUACAGUAGUUGUAGACAUGGGUGAUAUCUGAAAACAAGGUUUCAUUUAAUGGAACGUUAUUGGUGCAUGUACACUGUAGAGCAGGAAAAACAAUCUGUAAUUUACUGCUUUAUUACUUGUUCACAAGAAAGAAUGUGUAGCCUUUCAUAGAAUCAGCCUUCCUUGUUAUUUCCACUGUUAUCAAAGUGUACAGAUUUCGUUUACCUUCUUCAGAGUUGUCUUCAGUGUUUGAUGAAAUCUAGCAAGUGUAUUGUCAUUUUAUAUAGGUUCAUAUGCAGCAGAUCUUCCUACAGUUAUUUGUUAUUAUCUACCACUUUAAUCAUGAGGGACCUUUUGAAUGAAAACCAAAAAUAAUCUUGUUAUAUGUUUAUGUGCAGUUCUGGAGCCUAUAAUGGCAUUUACUUUACUGUAUAUGACUCCCAAGCUGCUGCUGCAUGAAGUACAUAAUUUCACUGCAUUAAUUCUCCCUGAAAAGCUUCUUUAUGUAAGGUCUGGGAUUAAGUUUAAACACCAUUAUGAACACCAUUUUAAUCUUAUUUCAUCAGGAGACUUUAUGAAUGAAUACACUCUCACUGUAUUUACAACAUUUUCUUGAGGGGAGUGGUAUUCAAACCAAAUAGUGUACGAAUGAGACUAAAUAAGAUCUGAAAGCUGUUCUUUCAUAACUAUCAUCUUAAUUCCUGAAUAACAGGAAAGAAACAAGGUUAAAAGAACUGUUCGACAUUUUGUGAAACACGCUUAUUUGCUUUCUUGCCGGGAGUUAGAUGAGAAGAUCGAUACCACUUGCAUGUAUGGUUGGUAAAUAUGAAGCUACAGCCAGCAGCCAGUUAGCAUAGCUUAGCAUAAAGACUGGAAAAGGCUAGCCUGGCUCUGUCCAAAGGUAACAAAAUCCACUAUCAAGCUUCUUUAAAACUCAAUAAUAAACUUUUUAGAUCUUGUUUGUUUAAUCUGUAUAAAAACAAAAUGUAAAGAUGACAAUGUGCUGUUUUACGGGGCUUUCUAUCCCACAUUUUUUGGCCAAGACCAGCUGCUUCCUGGAAUCUCCACUGGCUUUUACACGUUGGUUUAUAUACAGAUUAAACAAACAAGAUAUAACGUAGCAUAAAGUGAGUUUCAGAGGUGCUGGUAGGCAGAUUUUGUUACUUUUGGACAGAGCCAGGCUAGCUGUUUCCCCAUUUCCAGCCUUUAUGCUAAGCUAAGUCAGCCAGCUGCUGGCUGUAGCCGUAUAUUUAAUGUAAAGACAUGAAAGUGGUGUCAAUCUUCUCAUCUAAAAAGCCAAAAAUAUCAAACUCUUCCUUUAAGUGUAGUUUCAAUUUACUGCCUAAAAUAAAAGGGAACUGAUAUGAGUCACAGCCACAAAUCAUGUAGUGUGUCAUGCUGGUAAUCAGCAACAAAAACAUCAUCUAAAAACACGUUAACACAAAUUAAAACACGUUCGUGUACGUUAAAAAA